AUGGCCUUUUUUACAUCUCCUCGAUCCUUCCAGAAUGCCCAGUCGUUGACUACACGCCAGUUCGUGGCUCAGACGCCGGUGGGCAUGCUUCAAGAUGUCGUCGGUCCCCAUGCGAGCCACCCUCCCUUCAUGCACCUAGUGCUUCUCGUCUUCGAAGCUGUCCUUGAAGUCGUCUGUGUCAGCCUUCCCGGUUACAUUGCUGCCAAGGUUGGCAUGUUUGAUGCCGAUGCGCAAAAAUUUGUUGCCAACCUUAAUGUCGCUUUGUUCACACCAUGUCUUAUAUUUACCAAGCUCGGUUCGCAACUUACGGCUGGAAAACUAAGCGAUCUCGCUAUCAUCCCCCUCAUCUUCGUCGUCCAGACCGCCGUCUCCUACCUUUGCGGAUUUGUGGUUUCACGAUGUUUUCGAUUUAACAAACGACAGUCGAAUUUCGUGGCGGCUAUGGCGGUAUUCGGAAACUCAAACUCGCUUCCCAUAUCGCUCGUCGUCUCUCUCUCGCAAACACUAAAUGGCCUCCAUUGGGAUCGAAUCCCUAAUGAUAAUGAUGACGAAGUUGCAGCGCGCGGUAUCCUUUACCUACUUAUUUUCCAACAGCUCGGCCAGCUUGUACGUUGGAGUUGGGGGUACCGCGUUCUUCUUGCACCGCGGGAGAGAUAUAUUGAGGAAGCUGAAAGAGACGAUGGGGAGACUCCAAUUGCACCUGGUCAGGAACGAUACACCGAUAAUCCAGAGCAGGCGGAUCCGGAUGAGCCCUUGAUAAGGACAAGGGAUUCCUCCGAUGGCUCUGCCGAGCUGGGAACUGGCUCGAAUGAUGAAUCCGACGAAUUUCAUUCUGGGGAGGCAACACCUGUAAAUACGCGCACCUACUCGUACGCGAAGUUGUCGCACCACGAACAAGAACACGCCCAAGACCAGUCUCCAUUGCUUGGGCCACCGCCCAGUGGCCCGUUUUUACCUCGUCAAGACUCUCGCGGCGACAUCUUGUACUUUCCGAACGUGGAAGUGAACCCCGAGGACAACACCUCCGAGGAAGGACCUUUGCCACGACUCAAGGCUUCCAUGGGCCGUGUUAGGACUCGCGUUGCCGGCGGCUGGGCGAGAGGAACGGGUGCCUUCUACAAUCGACUGCCAACAGGACUCCAGAAGACGCUGUCGAGGACCUCAACUGUCACGCGCAGAUUCCUUGCAGGUGUGUGGGAUUUUAUGAACCCGCCGCUUUGGGCGAUGCUGGUUGCAAUAAUAGUGGCUUCUGUGCCUUCGCUCCAGCGAUUGUUCUUCGAUGAGGGGACAUUCAUUAGCAACUCCGUGACGCGCGCAAUCAACCAGAACGGCCAGGUUGCUGUUCCUUUGAUUCUUGUGGUUCUCGGGGCGAACCUAGAACGCAACACAAUACCUCAAGAAGCACUGGAAGAUAUGAAUGAUGCCGGGGAAGAGAAAAGACUGAUAAUCGCCUCCCUGCUAGGGCGUAUGCUGCUUCCAACUAUAAUUAUGGCACCACUUCUUGCGUUGCUAGCCAAAUACGUCCCAGUCAGCAUUGUUGACGAUCCGAUCUUCAUCAUAGUCUGCUUCCUGCUCACGGGUGCUCCGUCAGCCCUACAGUUGGCGCAGAUUUGCCAAAUCAACAAUACUUAUGUUGGCGCCAUGUCGAAGUUGUUGUUCCAAAGCUACGUUGUUUGGAUUCUCCCAUCCACCCUUGUUCUUGUGAUGUGUGCUUUGGAAGUUGUUGAGUGGGCGGCUGCUUAG